ACAUCACUAAAAUACAGCCACCCAUUUGUCUGUGAAGUUAUGGAUGGUAUUUUCAGAACACUGUGGUGUCCACGAAUUCAUUGGAUUUGUGUAAUUAGCUUCUUUGUUUUGGUUACUGUAAACAAGAUCAUUCUACUGGGGGCAUCUCAAGUUGGGAAUUCGCCUUGGUAUUCACGGUGCUUUUUCGCUUCUACCAAACUUAAACCAGUUUCUGUGAUUCCUUUGACUUGUUUACUCUCUAAUAGGAUCUUGUAUGAUUUUUCUUUGCUUGGAGAGAAACUAAGCACUUGACAAUUUCAAAUGCAGUUUCCAGAUUACAGUGAUCAUUUGUAUAUGAAUUUCUAAGGUCUUGUGAUGGAGUGGAAUGCAAAAUCUCUGGGGCAAUGGGACUGGGAGCACUUCUUCUUGAAUACAAAAGCAACAGAUGGUGAAGCAGAUGGAGAAAUCAACGUUGGAGCUUUGUAUCCAUCAGGUGGUAGUGCUUGUUCUGGCUCUGAACUAAUACACGCUUCUUCAUCAAGGAGCUCAAAAUCAGCUUCCAAUAAUUCAUCAUCAAAUGGAGAUAGCAAGAUAUCAUCUAUAUUGACCCUUGAAGGUUCUCAAGAUGAUUCCAGUGGUAAGAAAGAAUUAUGCAAAGGCGAGGCAAUUGAAACUUCUCCAGCAGCAGAACCAUCUUCUGUUUCUGGUGAACCAUUGCUUACUCUAAAGCUUGGCAAAAGAUUCUACUUUGAAGAUGUUUGCACAGCAAGUGAUUCCAAGAAAGCAUCUUCCUUUGAAGUUCCCAUUUCAUCAGGAAAGAAAUGUAGAGCCAAUAAUCAGAAUUUGCAGCAUCCAAUCUGUCAGGUGGAGGGUUGUGGCCUUAACCUCUCAUCUGCUAAAGAUUACCAUCGCAAACACAGAGUUUGUGAAAGCCAUUCCAAAUCUCCGAGGGUUGUAAUCUCUGGUUUGGAUCGUAGAUUUUGCCAGCAGUGUAGCAGGUUCCAUGCUCUGUCAGAGUUUGAUGACAAAAAAAGAAGCUGCAGACGGCGUCUUUCGGAUCACAAUGCAAGGCGCCGCAAACCUCAGCCUGAAGCAGUCCAAUUGAAUCCAUCAGUUUUGUCUUCAUCACCCUAUGCUAUUGAUGGGAGGCAAAUAAUGAGCCCAUUUGCAUUUUCAAGGAGUGCUACAAAUUUAGCAUGGCAAGACAUACACUGCAGCAAGCUCCCCCAGACAAAAGAUUUUCUCCCGAAGCCUGCAAAGGCCUUCAAUAAGAUACCAAAUAUUGUUGCUAUGCUUUCAGAUGAUUCCAGUGGCCUUCUAACAUCCAAAGACAUAGCAACAAAGAGUAUUGUUCCAGGUUGUUGACCAUGUGCAUGUUCUUAACAAUUGAGCCUUGUGAUUUGUACAUUUUCAGCUAGAAUUAUUGGUUGGUAGAAACAAAAAUUUGAUAGAACAAAUGUUGCAGGUAUAGAAGAUCAAAUUACUUCAGCUGAUUCAAAUGCAACACAAGAUGUAAACCGUGCUCUCUCUCUUCUGUCAACCAAUUCAUGGGGUGCAUAUGAGACCAAGUCCCUUUCCCUACAACACUCUACCACUCGGACAAAUGCUACCGCUCACUCCAUAACAAAUGAAAUGACUCAGCGUUUACCACUCCCUUCAUCAGAAUAUUGGCACACUGAUCAACCACCACCACAUUCCAGCAUGUGUAUCUCAUUCUCAGAUUUUGAUAGUACCAAUCGUUUUCAAGACUUUCAGCUCUUCACUGCACCCUAUGAAUCAGGUUUUCCUUGCAACCAAGUGGAUUAAAAACACAAGUUCCAGUUCCAUAGUUUCUAAGGCUUAUCGUCUGUUUCAAUAAUUGCAUGUUCACUUUUUAUGAAGUGGAGUUUAAACUGCAUGCUCAUUGGGUAACUCCGUUCUCUGAAGGGUGAAAAACCUGUUUUUUUGAUUGAGACUUUGCCUUGUGUACUACGCCGUCAUUUAAUCACAACUUUCGGUUUCUACUAAACCAUAUGUUUUUCUCCCGAUAACUUGUUUCUUAAGUAUAUUACGCACAUCAUCGUCAUGCGCCACUUGUAGAAUUUGGGCUGUUUAGGUGUUAAUAAACACGAAUUAAUGCAUGAAAAAGCACGCGAUUUUUUUUUUCAAGUCCUUGUUAUAUGCCUAAACUUAUAUGUACAAGUAUACCCACAACUAACUAUAAAGUACUUCUAAUUUCAAAAGUUUUUGU